UAGUCUGCGGUAUUCAUUUCUCAUUGGCCGUAUGAUAUUUCUUUCUGUUGGACUGAUUAACAACAACAUAAGGUUAAACGCUGUCGGGAUGGAUGCAGCUACUCUCACAUACGACACACUUCGCUUUGGAGAGUUUGAAGAUUUUCCAGAGACCUCGGAGCCUGUGUGGAUCUUGGGGAAAGAAUUCAACGCACUCACAGAAAGGGAUGACAUUCUUUCAGACGUCACUUCACGAUUAUGGUUCACCUACAGAAAAAACUUCCCACCCAUUGGAGGGACAGGGCCUACGUCCGACACAGGCUGGGGAUGCAUGCUGCGAUGUGGACAGAUGAUCCUAGGCGAGGCCCUGGUCUGCAGGCAUCUAGGCCGAGACUGGAGAUGGGUGAGAGACCAGCCUCAGAGAGAUGAGUACAUCAGUAUCCUCAACGCCUUCCUUGACAAGAAAGACAGCUACUAUUCUUUACAUCAGAUUGCCCAGAUGGGAGUCGGGGAGGGGAAGCCUAUAGGUCAGUGGUACGGACCAAACACAGUGGCACAGGUACUGAAGAAGCUAACUGUGUUUGACUCGUGGAGUCGCCUGGCGGUACAUGUUGCUAUGGACAACACUGUGGUGAUGGAGGAGAUCAAGCGGCUGUGUAUGCCCUGGCUGGACUACGGUGGAGCAGCGUGUGCGGAGACCCAGGGGGGGAUGCCGAAGCAUAACGGCUGCCUGGAAGGGGCCUGUGCCCUGGCUGAGGAGGAGACGACACUCUGGAAGCCUCUGGUGCUUCUCAUCCCUCUCAGGCUGGGCCUGAGCGAUAUCAACAAGGCCUACAUUGAGACGCUGAAGCAAUGCUUCCAGCUGCCCCAGUGCCUUGGUGUCAUCGGAGGGAAACCCAACAGUGCCCAUUACUUCAUAGGCUAUGUUGGAGAUGAGCUUAUCUACCUGGACCCCCACACCACCCAGCCUGCAGUAGAGCCUUGUGAGGACAGCCAGGUCCCUGACCACACCUACCACUCUCAGCACCCGCCCUGCCGCAUGCACAUCUGUGAAAUAGACCCCUCCAUCGCAGUGGGUUUUUUCUGCAGAACGGAGGACGACUUUGAUGACUGGUGUAUGCGCAUCCGUAAGUUGUCCCACACUAGAGGAGGCCUGCCCAUGUUUGAGCUAGUAGACCGUCAACCAUCACACUUCGCCUCCUCUGUAGACGUGCUCAACCUCACGACUGAUGAGGCUGGGAUUCAGUCAGAGGUGCGUUGUGGACAUUGCACUACCGACAAAGCGCCUUUUAAAGGCAAUUUCCCUGACGUUUGCAGAGAUCGCACUCACGAUUUCUCAGAUAGGUUGGAGCGGUUCUUUGAUUCUGAGGAUGAAGAGUUUGAGAUCCUGUCCCUGUGAUGAACAGGAGGAAUACAGUUAUUUUCCGUCCUGGCAGAACCCCAACGAUUAUUCUCUGGAUCAGAAGGGAAGCCGUUAGGGGACAGGAGAUGACUGGUGACAUCACUAACCAGUCUGGCACCGAUGGUGUAGUGAUGUCACGGUCGCCUUCUGAGCAGCCACUUACUGCUCUCUGUGUCCAAUGAGGAGACUCCUUGCUAGGAGGUGGUACUAGGUAGCAGGAGCUCAGGACACAUUUUUGAGUUUCAGUCCUAUGUGCAUCUUCACAUUGUCUCCAUUUAAGUCUUAACACUUUAAAUAUUUACUUUAAGUCUGAGGUGUCAAACUCAUUCCAUGGAGGGCCGAGAGUCUGCAGGUUUUUUUGAAUUAAGACCUAGACAACCAGGUGAG